AUGGCUUCCAACGAUUUCACACUAUACCCAUACCCCGAGGUGUGGAGUCAAGAUCAGACCUACCUGCCCUCGUCGACCUACGCAGACCAAUCAUACCUCAGCGCAACGACGUUCGACUCAUACCAAAGCCAACAAAGCUUCGCGCCUCUCGAGCAGUACGACUUCAACCAGACGAUCGAUCAGUCGAAGCACCUGCGGGCACCCAGCGCGCACGACUCCCCAGCGUCGCAUCACUACGACUACCAGAACCCACCUGCGCUGUCGUCAGUAUCCGACUCUGGCGCAUCGGUGCAGAGCACAAUCUCUUCCGCGAUGGGCUCUCCAUCUGCGCAGCCACAAUCGAGUGAGUGGCCACAACAGAACACGCACCUGUUCCCAAGCAUCGUGCAACCGGCAGACGGCAUCUACUCCACAUCCAGCUUCGACUUCGAGACGAACUACGUGACCGACAAGGGUUGUGUUGAUCCAUCGCUCAUCCAGCCAUAUUCACCCACUCAAUACACUGGCACACAGUUCCCAGAAGCACAAUCGCAAAACCUCCCAUACCCAACUCUUCCAUCCCCUGCCGUUCACAAGAGCCCAAGACCUCAGAGCACCAAGCCAUCGGCAUCGCCUUACGUUCGCCAACAAUCCUGGCAACCAUACCCACAAGGACGACGGCAAUCAGUGUCGUCAAACCACUCGCGACACAGCCACCACUCCCUCUCAUCCGAUGACUCGAACAAGGGUCUCUGCCCGAUCGCAACUUGCGGCCGGCAUGUCAAGGAUUUGAAGGCGCACAUGCUCACGCACCAGAACGAGCGUCCAGAGAAGUGCCCAAUCCCCACGUGCGAAUACCACACCAAGGGUUUCGCACGCAAGUAUGACAAGAACCGACACACUUUGACCCAUUACAAGGGUACCAUGGUGUGCGGUUUCUGCCCUGGCAGUGGAAGUGCGGCCGAGAAGAGCUUCAACCGAGCCGACGUCUUCAAGAGGCACUUGACUUCGGUCCACGGUGUCGAGCAAACUCCACCCAACGCACGGAGGAAGAGCCCAACCACCACCAACAAGAAGCCGUUCGGAUCCGCUCGCGAGGUCUCCGGCAUGUGUUCCACUUGCGGCAACACUUUCGCCUCUGCUCAAGACUUCUACGAGCAUCUCGACGACUGUGUUCUCCGUGUUGUCCAGCAGGCCGAUCCUAGCGAGGCCAUCAACGAGAAACUUCUCACUGAGGUGUCCGAGGACAAGGACGUCCAGGACACGAUGGAGAAGCACAUGCUCCCGACCAACCUCGACUACGACGCCCCAACGUCGUUUGAUGAGGACGAGGAGGCGGACGAAGACGAGGAUGUCGAUGAAGAUGACGCCAACGACGGCACAUACGGUAGUCGGAAGUCGAAGAAGGGACGCAAGGGUGAGGCCGGCCGUGUGUCGAGCAACGGUGCCAUCACCAAGCCAACCAAGAAAGGCCUGACACACUCCAAGGGCGGCGUCGCUCUCAGCGGACCCAUCACCGGCAAGGGAUCCAAGCGAAGAAAGAACUACCCCCUCUCAUGGGGAGCUGCUCCAGACAAGAUGAGGAUGAAGAAGCGGGUGAUCUGCGUCUACGACGGUCAGCGACGACUGCUCAAAGACGACCUCAUGCUGGACAGCGACCAUGAAGUUCGCAUCCCUCUCAGCGCCGACGAGCGCUCCUGGGUCACCGAUCUCGACGUCCAAACACUUCGUCGUGCGGAGGCCUUCCACAACGCCACCGAGGAGGAGAAAGGUCCUUGGAUCCAGGAUGACGAGGAGCUCGACCAGCUGAUGCAGUAA